UAUAACUUUGCCGUGUUUACAAACAAACAUUAACUGCGUUCACAAGAAAGGAAGAUGGUGCCUAUUAUGGCUCAGAGUAAUGUUCAAGAGCUAGAUCGCCUCAUUGAACCACUGUACACAGCUUUAAAUUCAGUUAAAGUUCUCCGUUCUAGCGUUGGCCAUGUGUUUGACACCUUAGGAAAUGGACUCAGAGGUGACCAUGGAGAAGAAGGGAAGGACAAUAAAUUUCUACUUGAACUUCAAGAGUUGCUUAGUACAGUGAAUGUUAAUUUCCGAGAAGUUGAGCAGGCCGUGAACAGCCUAACACCACCACCAGGACCCUUUAGCCUUGGUAACACUACAUUUCUCAGUCAGGAAAGCACUCAGGAAAGGCAGGCCUUGUACCCACAGCUGGUGAACAGCUAUAAAUGGACAGAUAAGGUCCACGAAUACAGCAAUCUUGCUUUUGCACUUCUGAGCCAGAACCAGCUAAAACGAUCGUACGUGAUUGCAAGCAGUGGGAAGAGACGGCGUAAUGUACAGAGCAGUCAUAAUGUUCUUCCACAGGCAGUAGACACGCUGAUAGCUGGUAUUGACAGACAAUUUGCUGAUAUGAACUUGACUGUUUCAAGACCAUUUGGUUCCAAUGCCGUUAUGCAGGUUACCUUAGGGAGAAUAAUGAAAGCUCUGGUGGCUUUCAAAGGUCUAAUGAUUGAAUGGGUUGUUGUUAAAGGGUAUACAGAAACAUUGGAUUUGUGGACAGAGUCCCGAUACAAAGUGUUCCAAAAAGUGACUGAAAAUGCCCAUGCUGCUAUGCUUCAUUUCCAUUCACCUAAUUUGCUUGAAAUUUCAGUCCGCUCUUUCAUGACUUGGUUUCAUAGCUACAGCACACUGUUCAGUGAUCCGUGCAAGCGAUGUGGAAACCAUCUGCAUAAUGCCUUACCUCCAACAUGGAGAGAUCUCAGGGCCUUAGAGCCCUAUCAUGAAGAAUGUAAACCUUAGCAGGAGAUGGAUGAUUCUGAGCUUUUCGAUUGAACUGACUGUCAGAUUUUGUAGCAAUGUUGGAAAGCUCAUGCAACUGUCUGUGAUUCCAGACAGUAUUAAUAUUUGUUGUAAGUGUGUUAUACAGCUGGACUCUUACUAGGUGUGGAGAGGUGGUGUGGAGGUGUUGUCUGUACAGCCUGAGUUGGUAUUUUCUUCUCCUGUACUCGAUCAAAUAUAUAAAUUUUCAUAUACUAAUUAGAGGGUUUUUUUUUCUUCUUCUUUUCGAGUGCAUUCUUGUGCAAUCUGUGAUUGUAGGACAACUUCUCGGUAAGAGGUUUGGAAAAAGCACCCAAAUUCCUUCAAUAUCAUUCUGAGAAGUGUCCUUAACGUGGCGAUAUUUAACCACAACAAUCAUUCCAAACAAAAGUUAUCCUUUUCAGUGUGGCACUGCAGUUUAACAUGUGUCUACAUUUUGAAUAAUAGAUGAACAGAGAAAAAUGAUUUUGUUAUUUCUGGUACUGUUGUGUAACUGAUGUUAUUACUUGUACUGUUCACUCUAAAUGUCUACCUAGAUUUUAAAAGCUUUUGGAGCCUAGUAUCCACAAUAGCAAAACAUAUUUGGGAAUAAUUUUGUCAGUAUUGUCACCAGUAUUGUGAAAAGUAUGCAUAUAAAAAAACAAAUGUUAGUUACAUGCAACAGUUUGUAUAAUUUGUUGUACUAGCAAGUGCCAUUACCAGUGUAAUGUUUCUCUCAUAUAUGCCCUCAUGUAAGUGAAAUAAAAACAAAAAGACCAGCACUAGAGUUGACAUGAAUAAAGCUGUAUGAAGUGUAUUUGCAGGAAAUCUUAAGCAAGUAUUGGAAAUGAUGAUAAACUACAGUAACUAGUGUGUUAUGUAUUGUAAAUUCUGUGACACUAAGCCAAUACAGAGAUGAUUAGUUUCAUAUCAAUAUAUUUAUGUUAUUGACCUGGAGAUAAAAAUUGUGACACCUGUUGCAUUAUAUCAUAUAUUCCAGAAUUGAAUAUGUCAAGUAAGAGCAGAAAGUAGUAGUUCUGGCUCACAUAACUACAGCUACAUGUGAUCUUUAUACUUGAAUCCCUUAAUGAAUGCCAUGCAGUAAAUGAAAUGGUCAGUGGUUGUUCACUUGUCUAAGUUCUCCAAAGUAAACUGAAACAAUGUUCAAUUUAACUUACAUCAGAGUAUCAGCCAGUUUUAAGAAAAACGUGUUAUUCAGUUUUAUGCCAAGUAGCCUUUUUAUGGUUGGUUUCAGCAACCAUUAUACGAGGG